AUGCAGAUCAAUCAAGUUUCGAGCGAAUUUCCCAAGUUACCAAUAGAUUCUUCUACACUCUCAGUGUCCACGGCGGUACUCAAGCCGAAACCGUCAUGGAAUAAAAUUCGACUCGCCAUUUUUACUGUUCUGCUCUUUGCAGGCGUCGUUAUUUCAACUGUGACGUAUUGUCUUAUUACCCGUCAGAAUAAUUCUUCAUCAGAAGAUGUUGAAACUGAAAUUAGUACGAGUAGUACUUCAAAAAGAGUAUCAACCACUGCCAAAGGUAGUACCACAGAGACUUCUGUAGUAACAGCAACAUCUGCACAAUGUCAAGCGUUACCAUUCAGCAACUACCAGUCUUACAGGACUGGUAAUAUGCCUUGGUCGAUUAUCAUCGCUGAUUUGAACAAUGAUGACAACCAAGAUAUUGCUGUAGUUAACGCAAAUGAUCCAAGCGUCGCAAUCUAUCUGAACUAUGGGGAUGGAACAGUCAGAAGUACUUCGUAUAUCCUUGUCGGAACAUAUUCUGUAUUCGUUACUGCUGCUGAUCUAAAUAAAGACAAUGCAACAGAUUUGAUCGUGGCUCAAGCUUCAGCUAAUAGCUUGGGGAUGUUGCUCGGUUUUGGUAAUGGAACUUUUAAUGCACGUGUCAAUUUUCCUGUCGGUGCUUAUCCAUAUGGCGUAAGUGCUGCUGAUUUCAACAAUGAUAGUCAUCUUGAUCUUGUUGCUGUUAACGAUCACGACGACACUGCCAGCAUCUUAUUGGGAUUCAGUAAUGGGACUUUUCAAAGCUACGAUCUUUUGCCUACGGGUCUUGAUGUAACAGCAGUCGUUACUGCUGACUUCAAUAACGAUCAAUUUUUAGAUUUUGCAGUUACAGAUUAUUCAAGUAAUACUGUAAGUGUAUAUCUUGGCUAUGGCAAUGGAAGCUUUCAACAACGUCAACCAUAUUCAACAGGAAGAAGUCCGUGGGGAAUGGCCAUAGCAGAUUUUAACAAUGACAACUGCAUGGAUAUUGUUACUGCUAAUUAUGACGAUAGCACGAUGAGUGUACUGCUUGGCAACGGUAAUGGUACAUUUCGAUCACAAAUAGUAUAUUUAACUGGACCAUAUCCAAUGUCAGUGGCGGUUGGAGAUUUAAAUAAAGAUACAAAAAUUGAUAUUGUCACUGGUAGUAGUACUGGCAAUUUCCUAAGCGUCUUCUUAAACAAUGGAGACGGCACAUUUGCAAAAGCAAAGAACUUAGCAACUGAUGCACAACUAUCAGCAGUGGCGAUUGCAGAUUUGAACGGUGAUAAUCGCCCGGAUAUCGUCACUACUAGUGUAUCGACAAAAACUCUAAAUAUAUUUUUAAACUCAUGCUAA